AUGGCAAACGAAAAUCAAAAUGGAUGGUUGGAGGAAGAACCUGAGAUGUUAGAUGAGCCUAUUGACUGGGAAGAGGAUCUAGAGGAGGAUCCAGAGGAGGACCCAGAAGAAGAGCCAGAAGAGAACUUGGAAUUAGAGGAAGAACUUGAGAUGUUAGAUAAGCCUAUUGACUGGGAAGAGGAUCCAGAUGAGGACCUAGAAGAAGAGCCAGAAGAGAACUUGGAAUUAGAGGAAGAACUUGAGAUGUUAGAUAAGCCUAUUGACUGGGAAGAGGAUCCAGAUGAGGACCUAGAAGAAGAGCCAGAAGAGAACUUGGAAUUAGAGGAAGAACUUGAGAUGUUAGAUAAGCCUAUUGACUGGGAAGAGGAUCCAGAUGAGGACCUAGAAGAAGAGCCAGAAGAGAACUUGGAAUUAGAGGAAGAACUUGAGAUGUUAGAUAAGCCUAUUGACUGGGAAGAGGAUCCAGAUGAGGACCUAGAAGAAGAGCCAGAAGAGAACUUGGAAUUAGAGGAAGAACUUGAGAUGUUAGAUAAGCCUAUUGACUGGGAAGAGGAUCCAGAUGAGGACCUAGAAGAAGAGCCAGAAGAGAACUUGGAAUUAGAGGAAGAACUUGAGAUGUUAGAUAAGCCUAUUGACUGGGAAGAGGAUCCAGAUGAGGACCUAGAAGAAGAGCCAGAAGAGAACUUGGAAUUAGAGGAAGAACUUGAGAUGUUAGAUAAGCCUAUUGACUGGGAAGAGGAUCCAGAUGAGGACCUAGAAGAAGAGCCAGAAGAGAACUUGGAAUUAGAGGAAGAACUUGAGAUGUUAGAUAAGCCUAUUGACUGGGAAGAGGAUCCAGAUGAGGACCUAGAAGAAGAGCCAGAAGAGAACUUGGAAUUAGAGGAAGAACUUGAGAUGUUAGAUAAGCCUAUUGACUGGGAAGAGGAUCCAGAUGAGGACCUAGAAGAAGAGCCAGAAGAGAACUUGGAAUUAGAGGAAGAACUUGAGAUGUUAGAUAAGCCUAUUGACUGGGAAGAGGAUCCAGAUGAGGACCUAGAAGAAGAGCCAGAAGAGAACUUGGAAGAAAAGUUCGAAGUAGGAGUUGAGGGCGAUUCCGAUCCUAAGUUUGACUCUGAUCAGGAGAUGGUGGAGUCUGAUCCUGAAUCCUCGAUAGAGGACGGCCCUGAGGCGGCCUUGAGGCAUAUAAUGGUGCCACCCGUCCUGCCAUAUGGAAAGGCAAUAUUUGUGAGGGUUACCCCUACUAGGAUGUGCUCUUGGAGGAGCUUGCCUAGAAAAGAUAUGUUUAUCGGGCCAAUUCAGAUAAGAGAAUAUCUAGACAAUAAUUUCUAUCGAGUAUGGAACCUACCUCCACAAUACGUCGCAAACAAGGGCGAUGCGUUUCUAUUACAAGAUAUCUGGACUACCCAUCCUCUUUUCGGUCACGUUGUCUGA